UAUGACUAUCAUCACUGUCAUUGGAUCCCUAAACUACGACUUGGUUACUUUCACCAAAAAAGUGCCAGAGGCUGGCGAAACGUACCAGGCCGAUGCCUUUGAAAACCAUCUUGGUGGAAAAGGUCUCAACGAAGCUCUAGCCUCGUCCAGAUUAAGUGCAGACGACUCUACGCAAGUCAGAAUGAUUGGAAAUGUUGGAUCUGACACUUUUGGAAAGGAAUUGGUCCAUGAGCUCGAAGUCACGGGUGUAAACACUACCUAUGUGAAGACAAUAGAAGGCAAGGCAUCUGGAGUUGCAGUGAUUCUUGUGGAAGAGGACAGUGGAGAGAACCGUAUCUUGAUUACUGCCGGAGCCAAUGGCGAAUUAAAGCCAACGGAAGAUGACUAUUCUCUAUACUUUCCUCGGGAAGAAGCUGAUGCUCAUUACUUGAUCCUUCAGAACGAAUAUCCAGACACCUUCAACACCAUCACUUGGAUCAAACAGAAUCGUCCUAACAUCAACAUCGCAUACAACCCUUCGCCCUUCAAGCCGGAAUUCAUCACCUCGGAGGUUUUGUCGAGAAUCGAUUUAUUCAUUGUGAAUGAAGGUGAAGCCAUGGAUGUAGCCAAACAUCUCUUGCAAGAUGAGGAAUAUUCUAAGUUCGAAGCAAGUAUCACCCAAAACAGCAUUGAAGGGUUCAAGCUGUUAGCUCUUAAGUUGCAAACCUUAGUCAAUCAGAACAAUAUCAAAACCAUCAUCAUAACUAUGGGUAGUCGCGGAGCUACAUAUGUGUCCAAGGAGACAGAGGUUCCACAAUAUGAGCCUUCAAGAAAGGUCCAGCACGUAGUGGACACAACUGGGGCUGGAGACACUUUCUUCGGCGGAGUGGUCCUGAGUCUUGCUGGAGGAAAGAAGAUCGAGGACGCAGUCAAGUUUGCUACUACUGCUAGCAGUUUGGCUAUACAGAAGAAAGGAGCAGCUGAGAGUAUUCCUCACUACGAUGAAGUUUUGAAGAACCUUUAGAGAGUAUUCAAAUAAUUCAAAUAGAGUACCGAGGUAAUAGUCUCACUAUUGAAAAGUUUUAAAGAACCUUUAAAUUAAUAUAAAUAGAAGUCUAGACACAAAAUAGUAUUAAUAGUGCAUUAUGCUGAAG